AUGGCUGAUUUACAACAAUUAAAAAAUUUAAAACUUGAUUAUGAAGAUACUAUUGCUAUUGUUCAAUUCAAUCAAGAAAAUUCGAAAGUUAAUACAUUAUCACGAGAAAUGACGAAUGAAUUUGUUCCAGUAUUUAAUCAUUUAAAAAAUGAUGAUAAUAUUAAAGGAAUUAUUGUUAUAUCAGCUAAACCUGGUUCAUUUAUUGCUGGAGCUGACAUUAAUAUGAUUGAAUCCGUUAAAUCUCGUGACGAACUUUAUCAAAUGUCCCGCAAUGGUCAAGAAAUUAUGAAUCAAAUUGAACAAUCAUCAAAACCAAUUGUUGCAGCUAUUGCUGGAUCAUGUCUUGGUGGUGGAUUUGAAGUUGCUUUAGCAUGUCAUUAUCGAAUUGCGAUGAAUGAUAAACGAACCGGAUUUGGUGUACCAGAAGUUAAAUUAGGAUUAUUACCAGGUGCUGGUGGUACACAAAGACUUUUAAAAAAUCUUUCAUUAUCAGAUGCAUUAGAUCUUAUAUUAACGGGUAAAGAAAUUAAAGCAAAAAAAGCCAAAGAAAUGGGUUUAGUUGAUAUUGUUAUUGAACCUAUUCAAUCGGAUGUUCAAAAUAUUGAAGAACAAAAUAUUGAAUAUUUACGUUCGAUUGCUAUACAAAAAGUCAAGUAG